AUGCAGAAGGCCGACAAAAACGACGACGUCAAGGAAUUUGUGGCUGAUUCUUCUUCGCCGCUGCCUUCUUCGCAAGUUACCGUCCACAUACAAAAUAGCCACAUGGCUGAAGGCAGUAAUAAAAUGCUUUUGGUAUGCUGUUUAGGCAUUCUAGUUUGCUAUUUUUAUUACGGAAUCUUACAAGAAAAGAUAACCAGAGGCCAAUAUGGGGAAGAAAAAGAAGCAUUCACCUACACACUGUCACUGGUCUUUGUACAGUGUAUCAUCAACACGUUGUUUGCAAAAUUUUCUCUUGCAAUAUUUCGUUCUCCAAAGGAUUCCACCUCAAAAAAGAUGUAUGCAAUUUGUUCUUUGACUUACCUUGGUGCUAUGAUUGCAAGUAAUAAAUCUUUGGAAUACAUCAAUUACCCAACACAGGUUUUAGGAAAAUCUGUGAAACCAAUUCCGGUGAUGAUCCUGGGUGUGCUGCUGGCAAGGAAACGGUACCCUGCUGCCAAAUACCUGUGUGUACUGCUUAUCGUUACUGGUGUGGCUUUGUUUAUGUACAAAGACAAGAAAACAAAUGAAGUGAAGCCACAUAUAUAUGGAAUGGGUGAACUUUUACUGCUGGUGUCUCUCACAUUGGAUGGUCUGACUGGUGCUGUACAGGAUAAGAUGCGAGCUGAAUCUCACACCAGUGCCCACAAUAUGAUGUUUUUCAUGAAUAUCUUCUCCCUCCUUUGGUUAUUUAUUGGUUUAGUCUUCACAGGAGAAGGAAUUGCUUUCCUUGCUUUUGCCUAUCGUUAUCCUUCUAUUCUCUACAAUAUAUUAGCAUUUAGCGUCACCAGUGCAUUGGGUCAGACAUUCAUCUUCAUAACUGUUGCCAAAUUUGGACCGCUGACCUGUUCCAUUGUCACAACCACUCGCAAAUUUUUCACUAUUCUUGGCUCUGUUAUUAUCUUCCAGAAUCCCAUGUCUUCAAGACAAUGGCUUGGAACCCUUUUUGUAUUUACUGGACUUGACUCGAACGCCUACACCUCAACGUUCCAACCGUCGACAAGACAGGAACGACUGCGCCGCAACGUUCCAACCGUCGACAAGACCGGAACGACCGCACCUCAACGUUCCAGCCGUCGACAAAACAGGAACGACUGCACCACAUCGUUCCAACCGUCGACAAGACAGGAACGACUGCACCGCAACGUUCCAACCGUGGGCAAGACCGUAACGACCGCACCUCAACGUUCCAACCGGCGACAAAACAGGAACGACUACACCGCAUCGUUCCAACCGUCGACAAGACUCGAACGCCUACACCUCAACGUUCCAACCGUCGACAAGACCGGAACGACUGCACCGCAACGUUCCAACCGUCGACAAGACCGGAACGACUGCACCUCAACGUUCCAACAGUCGACAAGACCGGAACGACUGCACCACAUCGUUCCAACCGUCGACAAGACCGGAACGACUGCACCUCAACGUUCCAACAGUCGACAAGACCGGAACGACUGCACCACAUCGUUCCAACCGUCGACAAGACAGGAACGACUGCACCGCAUCGUUCCAACCGGCGACAAGACUCGAACGCCUACACCUCAACGUUCCAACCGUCGACAAGACCGGAACGACUGCACCUUAACGUUCCAACAGUCGACAAGACCGGAACGACUGCACCACAUCGUUCCAACCGUCGACAAGACAGGAACGACUGCACCACAUUGUUCCAACCGGCGACAAGACUCGAACGCCUACACCUCAACGUUCCAACCGUCGACAAGACCGGAACGACUGCACCUCAACGUUCCAACAGUCGACAAGACCGGAACGACUGCACCUCAACGUUCCAACCGUCGAAAAAACAGGAACGACUGCACCACAUCGUUCCAACCCUCGACAAGACCGGAACGACUGCACCUCAACGUUCCAACAGUCGACAAGACCGGAACGACUUCACCUCAACGUUCCAACCGUCGACAAGACCGGGACGACUGCACCGCAUCUUUCCAACCGGCGACAAGACUCGAACGCCUACACCUCAACGUUCCAAACGUCGACAAGACUCGAACGCCUGCACCGCAACGUUCCAACCGUCGACAAGACCGGAACGGCCGCACCUCAACGUUCCAACCCUCGACAAGACAGGAACGACUGCACCACAUCGUUCCAACCGUCGACAAGACUCGAACGCCUACACCUCAACGUUCCAACCGUCGACAAGACAGGAACGACCGCACCUCAACGUUCCAACCGUCGACAAAACAGGAACGACUGCACCACAUCGUUCCAACCGUCGACAAGACAGGAACGACUGCACCUCAACGUUCCAACCGUCGACAAGACAGGAACGACCGCACCUCAACGUUCAAGCCGUCGACAAAACAGGAACGACUGCACCACAUCGUUCCAACCGUCGACAAGACUCGAACGCCUACACCUCAACGUUCCAACCGUCGACAAGACAGGAACGACCGCACCUCAACGUUCCAACCGUCGACAAAACAGGAACGACUGCACCACAUCCGUCAGCGUCUCCUUUUGAGGUCUUUUCUUACUUUCUUUCUUUUCUUUUCGUCCCGUCUAGGGGCUUGGGUGACGAUUAAGUUGAAACCGCUUUCUCUCUCUCUCAUUCGUCUCCAUGUAGCAGCAUUCUCUUUUGAGGUUCUUUCUUUCUUUUCAUCUUCUUCUCAUUUGCGGUCGGUCGUCCGUUCGGUUCGAAGAGGGACUUUUUCUUUUUCGCAUAACCAACCAAAACUUUCGCGGUCUUUCGCAUUUACAGCAGACUUCGUCGGUCGAGCCCUGAGGCUUGGACAAGACUUUCGCUUUUAUCGCAGCCAUUUCCGUCCAAGCCGAGGCAUGGACAAGACUGACUUUUUCGUUUCGCUAUUCGUUCCUUUUUUUUUCUCUCGUCACGUGGUCCUUAUUUGCAAAUGCGAACUUUUCCCAUUCCGCUAUCCAUUACUCCACCGUGCCUCCUAUCUAUCUAUCUAUCUAUCUAUCUAUCUAUCUAUCUAUCUAUCUAUCUAUCUAUCUAUCUAUCUAUCUAUCUAUCUAUCUAUCUAUCUAUCUAUCUAUCUAUCUAUAGACAAAUCUAUCUAUCUAUCUAUCUAUCUAUCUAUCUAUCUAUCUAUCUAUCUAAUUCUGUUUCUAUCUAUCUAUCUAUCUAUCUAUCUAUCUAUCUAUCUAUCUAUCUAUCUAUCUAUGUUCACAUCAUCUAUCAUCUAUCAUCUAUCUCAUUAUCUGUUUCUAUCUAUCUAUCUAUCUAUCUAUCUCAUCUAUCUAUCUAUCUAUCUAUCUAUCUAUUUAUCUAUCUAUCUAUCUAUGUCGUAG